AUGAGGUUACCAUCAUUAGCGGUGACCGUUUCGCUAUUAUUAGCGGCAGUCACCUUCACCUCAGCCGACCCUCAACGUCCACCUGGUCCGCCUCAACCCCCACAACAAAAUUUACCUAAAACAGGUAAAGGAGGACACCCUACCAUUCAACCUAACAAUGUAAUACGCCCACAUACAACUGGCAAGGCCAAUAUUCCACUCCCACAUACAACUGGCAAGGCCAAUAUUCCACUCCCACAUACAACUGGCAAGGGCAGGAGUCUACUGCAUACAACUGCCAGGAUUCCACCACAUUUCACAACCAUUUUUCCACCACAUAUCACAACUGGCAAGGUUCAUCCUUUAGCAAAGACAACUGGUAAGCAUUCCACAACUGGUAAGCAUUCCACAACUGGUAAGCAUUCCACAACUGGUAAGCAUUCCACGACUGGUAAGCAUUCCACGACUGCACACCACUACUGCACACCACCACCGGCAAGCACACCACCACCGGCAAGCACACCACCACUGGCAAGCACACCACCACUGGCAAGCACACCACCACUGGUAAGCACACCACCACCGGUAAGCACACCACCACCGGUAAGCACACCACCACCGCAUACCACAACUGGCAAGCAUACCACAACUGGCAAGCAUACCACAACUGGCAAGCAUACCACAACUGGCAAGCGUACAACAACUGCUAAGCGUACAACUACUGCCAAGCGUACAACAACUGCCAAGCGUGCAACAACUGGCAAGACAACAGUUAAAGCCACCACUACUGCUAAACAAAAUGAUCACGACAGAUUAUGCGACGAUUUCUAUUAUCAACAUCAUCCUAGAUUUACAGUUGUUAAUGGUCAUACUAUUAAAAACGAAGUGUCCCGCAAAGAAAAGGAAGAUUACUUCUAUAGAUAUUAUAAUAAAUAUUUUGAAGAAUCUGAAUGUGAUGAAUUCUAUUAUAAACAUAACUCUAGAUAUAGAGUUAUUAACGGCAAAACUGUUAAAGUCGAUGCAUCUCAACAAGAAAAAGAAGCUUUCUAUAAUAAAUAUUAUAAGAAAUAUACCGAAGAAGAAGAAUGUGAUGAAUUUUACUUUAAACAUCAUUCUAAAUAUACAGUUAUUCACGGUAAAACUGUUGAAAACAAAGUAUCUAAACAAGAAAAAGAAGAAUUCUAUAAGAAAUAUUAUAAGACAUAUUCUGAAGAAGAAGAGUGUGAUGAGUUCUAUUAUAAGCAUCACUCCAGAUAUACAGUUGUUAACGGUAAAACUGUUGAACACAAAGUAUCUAAACAAGAAAAAACAGAUUUCUAUCAUAAAUAUUACAAGAAAUAUACCGAACAAGAAUGUGAAGAAUUCUAUUAUAAAUAUCAUCCUAAAACUAAAGUUAUUAACGACAAAAUUGUUAAAAACGAAGUGUCCCAAAAAGAAAAAGAAGAAUUCUAUAAGAAAUAUUAUAAGAAAUAUAGUGAAAAAGAAUGUGACGACUUCUAUUAUAAACAUCACCCCAAAUAUAAGGUAGUCAAGAAUCACUCAACAACAUACUCUGUUAAAAAUGAGGUCUCUAAAAAAGUGAAAAAAGAUUACUAUAGUAAAUAUUACACUUGCACUAAAGUCCCUACUGAAGAAGAAGAGACAACUACUACCUGCACUAAAAAGCCCGAAGAGGAAGAAGAAACUAAACCCGCUGAAGUACCAGAAAAA